AUGGCAAAUGGAGACGAGGUGCUGUCUUCCAAUUCUGGUAGUGAUUCUGACAUUGAAGCAGAAACAAAGGUAAAAAAACAGAAGGCAAGUGCCCCCGAGAAGCCUUCAAAAAAACAGAAAAGCGGAGGGACCUCCAACCCAAGCGGCUCAGCUAAAUGUAACAUAAACUGUGAUAACAUGUUCCAGAUUGGGAAGCUGAGAUACGUCAGCCUCAGGGAUUUCAAAGGCAAGGUUCUGAUUGACAUUCGAGAGUACUGGAUGGACCAAGCGGGUGAAAUAAAGCCUGGCAAAAAAGGCAUUUCAUUGAAUCCUGAGCAGUGGAACCAGCUGAAGGAACAAAUGUCAGACAUUGAUGAUGCAAUUAGAAGAUUGUAA